CGGGAGCGGGACUCGAACCCGCGGCUUUGGGUCUGCGCGGUGCGGGCGCUGCGGGGCAUGGAGCUGAACACGGAACUGCCCACGGAGCCGAUCGCGGUGUGGGAUAACAGCACAGCGUGGGAUGCCCUGCCCGGAACCAGCGGCAAUGAGACGGGACCGCCGAGAACCAAAAACGCCACUUCCAUCCUGAUCGCCAUCGUCAUCACCGCGCUGUACUCGGUGGUGUGCGUGGUGGGGCUGCUGGGCAACGUGUUGGUGAUGUACGGCAUCGUGCGGUACACCAAGAUGAAGACAGCCACCAACAUCUACAUCUUCAACCUGGCGCUGGCCGACGCGUUGGCCACCAGCACGCUGCCCUUCCAGAGCGCCAAGUACCUGAUGGAGACCUGGCCUUUUGGGGAGCUGCUCUGCAAGCUCGUGCUCUCCAUCGACUACUACAACAUGUUCACCAGCAUCUUCACCCUCACCAUGAUGAGUGUGGACCGUUACGUGGCCGUGUGUCACCCGGUCAAGGCGCUGGAUUUCCGCACACCGGCCAAGGCCAAGGUCAUCAACGUCUGCAUCUGGGUGCUCUCCUCUGUCAUCGGGGUGCCCAUCAUGGUCAUGGCAGUCACCAAGUCAAAAGAUGGAACAGUGCUGUGCACGCUGCAGUUCCCCGACCCUCCCAUCUACUGGGACACGGUGACCAAGAUCUGCGUCUUCAUCUUCGCCUUCAUGGUGCCCAUCCUGGUCAUCACCAUCUGCUAUGGGCUGAUGAUCCUGCGCCUGAAGAGCGUCCGUCUGCUCUCAGGCUCCAAGGAGAAGGACCGCAACCUGCGGCGCAUCACCCGCAUGGUGCUGGUGGUGGUGGCAGCCUUCAUCAUCUGCUGGACACCCAUCCACAUCUUCGUCAUCGUCUGGACGCUGGUGGACAUCGACAAGAAGAACCCCUACGUGGUGGCCAGCCUGCACUUCUGCAUCGCGCUGGGUUACACCAACAGCAGCCUCAACCCCGUCCUCUACGCUUUCCUGGAUGAAAACUUCAAGAGGUGUUUCCGCGAGUUCUGCCUGCCCUUCCGAGCUCGUGUGGAGCAGAACAGCUUCUCCAGAGCUCGGAACACCACGCGGGAGCGCGUCUCCACCUGCGCCCCGUCGGACGGCCGCGGCCAGCCGGCAUGACUAGGCGUGGGUGAGCAGCGGGGUGCUGGGGACGAGCCGCGCUCAGAGGUCACCCAGGAGACCACCACAGAGCUUUAGCCCUGCUGGGACUCAAUGCAGACAGACUGCGGAGAGUUUUCUUUUUGGUGGGGCUCGUUGAGCCAUGAGAGGACGCCCACUGCACGCGUAGGGCUUGGGCUGCCUUUCUGCUUAUGGAAAACCCAUCGGUGAACCAUCCAGUAAACCCACUGGUUUACUGGAGACCUCCAAGCCAACUCUGGCCCCAGAGAGGACUUUUGAGUUGAUACUACUGCUGCGUUAUUGGGAUCUCACUGGCAACCCUGCCCACGGGUGCAAAGCUGGCAAUGCGGGCACAGCAUCCCCAGCCCCACGGCAACGCUGCAUUCCUGCAUCCCACAGGGCAGCUCCCAUCCGUCUGCUGCCAGAGACAGCCAGCCCGAGGAAGAUCUCAUUACAGAGCAAUUGGUGGGGACUCGAGGAGUUUCUCGCAGCGCUAACGCAAUUAGGACGGCGCAUCCAUCUCUCGUCCUCUCCAGCACUGACAGUUUAUGCACUCGCAGCCACGCGAGGCAGAGCCCAGCCCAGGGCUGGGGUUUUGUGCUCAGCACCACGCGGAUGGAGCCCCGUUCUCCAGCAGCACCUCGAUGGGAGCUCAUUUGCAGCAGCCAUCAGCCCUGGGGCUCUGCACUGCAUUACCACCGCUAAACAGGGACAGAUGCAUCCCUGGUGCCGCUGACCUUCCGUCCCCUCCACCUCCUGCAGCAGCUCUGUGCCCAUGAGGGCACACAGCCCACGGAGGAUGGGGCUCAGAAGGAGCACUAAUGGCUUUUAUUGGACAAAUUGAUGGUGCUGGAGGAAGCAGGCGGGUGCGUGGGUGCACCUGGGGUGCGUGGGCUGGAGGGAGAGGCCGCCUCUUGGCUCUGUUUUCUUUUCCAGUUGCAUCAAUUGAGCCUAAUGAAGGUCAUUACCUCUCCACAACGGCCUUACCUUGCUGCAGAGCUGCUGGCGAUUGCAGCCUGCCCCUUUGCAAGGCAGAGCUGACGAGGCAAUGGAGACCAAUUUCUUCUUGGAAGGGCCAAACGGAGCAAAAUUUUGGAUCACAAAUCAAGGAUCACUGGGGCACCCUCACAACCUGUCUGCAGUGCAUCCCUCCCAGCUGAGCAACGCCUCAGCGCUGCAAAGCUUCGCCUGCUUGUGCCUCCCACUGGGCUGAGCGUCAGCCCCGUGUGGGGUUUGGGGUGUCCUAAAGGGUCGGGAUGUGCCUGUAUGAUUGGGCUGUCUUUGUAUGGUUGGGAUGCCCCUGUAGGGUUGGGGUGUCCAAGUAGGAUUGGGAUGUCUCUGUAGGGUUAGAAUGUCCCUGUAGGAUUGGGGUAUUCUACAGGAUUGGGAUGUCCUGCAGGGUUGGGGUGUCCAUGUAGGACUGAGGUGUCAUUGCAGGGUUAGAAUGCCCCUGUAGGGUUGGGGUGCCCUGUGGGAUUGGGAUGUCCCUGUAGGGUUGAAGUACCCUGUAGAACUGGGUCUGGUUGGGUUGGGAUGUCCUGGUGUGGUUGGGGUGUCCCUGAAGGAUUGGGAUGUCCCAUAGGGUUGGGAUGUCUUUGUAGGUUUGGGAUGUCCUGUGGGGUCGGAGUGACGCAGGACUGGGAUGUCCCUGCAGGGUUGGAAUGUCCAUAUAGGACUGGUGUGCUGCUGAAGUGUUGGAAUGUCCCUGCAGAGUUGGAAUGUCCCUGUGUGGUUGAGCUGCCCCAGGGCUCUGUGUACUGCAGCACAAGGGACACAUGGGGGAGGUGACCCCACCACCACAGCUCCAUCCAUGAGGCCACAGUGCUGAGGACCAUUUCCCACCCUGCAGGGCCCCGCCGCUCUCUCAGCCUGCUGGAAAAUGUGCUGCAGUGCCCUUAAAGUGGGUUAAAAGGCUCUUGGUCAUUAUUUUUUAAACUCACCCACGCUCCAGCAGAUGCAGGAGGGGAAAGAGAAAGCAGAGGAAAAACUUAACCCUGCUUCCACUCCAGGCAGGAUGCUGACGGGGAGGGCGCUCUGCACGCUUAUACAUACAUUUAUACAGAUGUACAUGGCUCUAUCUACAGGCAGACCCCGCGUCCCCAUCCCUGUCCCCUCUGCUGUGUCCCAGGGGUGGCACUGCUGCCCCCGCCCUCGUCCCUCGGUGCCAUUGCUGUACAGGAGCUGCACCUGCUGGGAAAGAAAAGAGCCGAGAGCUUCCAGCGCCGCUUCCAUUCCCCAGAGCCGAAAACGAGAUGGGAUGCUUUGAGGGGGGGGGGGGGAGAUGGGGAGGGUCUGUGCCCCCCCAGGGCCGCCGUACGGGGGAUCUGAGCGCACAGCGGCACCGAUGGGUCCUUCUGUGCUCAUUAUUGCAGCGGCACAGCACCCAGCCCGAGUAAUCUAAAUGCAAAUGAGGAUUUAGAGCAGGAGCGAAUGGAAACGGGCGUCGGAGCCCGCGCUGAACGAGACGUCGGGGUUUUUUUUUCAAGCCUUUAUCGCUUUCUGUCACCUCAAUGGGGUCAGAGAUGGGGAGCAGCAGAACCCGGAGCGCUCCGGGGGUGCUGAUGGAGGAGCAGAGGCUGAAGGAUGCAGCGAUGGCACGGCACUGAACGGUGCUUCCCCACGUGCACCCAGCUCCAGAGAACAGCAUCUGCAAAUCUGCAACCCGAGGAGACGUUUGCUAUUUUUUUUUUUCCUGUUUUGCUAAUUAAUCCAUUAAAUAAUGAGCCCUCAUGCAGCACACUUGAUUCCAACGUGUGUGAUUGAUGACGCGGCCGCUGGGCUCUUUGUCUGCAGCAAUGCCAUAAUUGC